GCAUUUCCACCACAUGCUAUUCAAGCUAUUUUAGAUAUAGAAGCAGGAUUAUUAAAUAAUAGAUUCUUUCACAAUUUAGAUGAUGAGUUAAAUCUACAACCACAAUCAUUAAGAGAGUCUAGACUCCAAAAAACAUCAACAAACAGAUUCUCUAAAUUUAAAAAAUUAUUACAAGAGCCUAUAAUCAAUUUAGAAGGACUACGUUCAUUAUCAUGGGGGGGUAUACCAAAUGAACAUCGUCCUUUAGUUUGGAAGAUUCUUUUGAAUUAUUUACCACUAGAACAAAAAAAUCAUAGUAAAGUUUUAUUUGAAAAAAGAAAUCAAUAUAAACAAUUAGUUAAAAAGUUUUAUCAAGGUAGUACACCAGCAGAUGAAAAAAUAUUAAAUCAAGUUAAAUUAGACGUACCCAGAACUAUACCAAAAGGUUUUAAUAAUACACCUUUAUUUAAGAGUGCAAUUUUACACAGUGUUUUAGAAAGAAUUUUAUAUGUUUGGUCAUUGAGCAAUCCUUUAAUUUCAUACUUUCAAGGUUUAAAUGAUAUACCAGCCCAAUUUUUAUUAGUAUUUUUAUCAGAGAAUAUACAAUUAUGGGGUGAUAUAAAAGAUUUGGAUAUAGAUACUCUAGAUAAAGUAGAGGCAGAUGCAUUUUGGUGUUUUUCAUUAUUAAUGAAUAAUUUAAAGAACAGAUUUAUUGAAUUUGGUGAAGGUAUUCAAAGAAUGUCAGAUAUAUUAAAGCAAUUGGUCCGUUUGAAGGAUGUUGGAUUAUCGGAUCACUUAGAAGAAGAAAACUGUGACUUUGUAUUGUUCUCCGUAAGAUGGAUGAUAUGUUUAUUGUGUAGAGAGUUUGAAUACACUCUAUCAACUCGUCUUUGGGAUAGCUAUGUCGCUCAUGGUCCUAAUUUUGGUCAUUUCCAUAUUUAUAUUUGUGCCGCUUUAAUUACAACCAAAGAAUGGUCUAAACCAUUAAAAGAAAAAGAAUUUUCUGAUGCCAUUGUAUUCCUCCAACACUUACCAACCGAUCAAUGGAACAUUUGCCAUAUUGAUUAUUUAAUAGUAAGAGCUUAUAAAAUAUUUUUAUUAGAAAUUAGAUCACUGGUUCAAAACUCUUUAAAAUCAUUACAGUUUAAUAACACCGAAGAUAACAGUAAUAAUGAAAAUAAUAAUAAUAAUGUAAAUAAUAAUAAUAAUAGCAAUAUUAUAAAUAAUAAUAUUAUAAAUAAUAAUUUAAUAUUAAAUUCACAAAUGAAGGAAAUUAAUAAUUUAUAUAAUCAUAUUCAAAAACCAAAUAAUAACAAUAAUAAUUCACUCGAAAUUUUUAAACAGAAUAUUCAACAAGUUCACCAACAAACUUUAUUAUCAUCACUUUCAAAUGAAAAUAUAGUAAAUACUGAAAUGAUUGAGAGGGUUUUAGAAAUUAUGCCCGUUAAUAUUGCAGAUUUUUCUCUUUUGUCACCGGAAGAUGCCACUAAGGAGCUAGUUAAACAUGUUGUUCAAAAUCUAGUAUUAAUUAUGGGUACCCUUUUAUUGACUAGUGUAAUUUUAUUAAUUGUAAUCAUAACUUCAACUUUAACUAUCACCGCCAUGGAAUUUUAUAAUAAUAAUAGUAAGAAAAAAAAGGAUUUGGAUUAAUUUUUAAAUAACCCCUUUUCUUUUUUUUUUUCUCCAUUUCCAAAAAAAAUAAUAAAUAAAUUAAAAUAAAAU